AUGAAAGAGCUGUCGCGGCUGCAGGAUAACAUUGAGACCUUCCCGAACAAGGAAGCAAAGGCAGUGAUUGAGGAGGAGCUUGGCCAGCCCGUGUCGGAGCUCUUCAGCUCCUUCAGCGAGGAGCCUAUCGCUGCAGCCUCGCUGGCCCAGGUUUACCGAGCCACGCUGAAGACUGGCGAGGAGGUCGCAGUGAAAGUUCAGAGGCCCGGAGCGCUCAGCACCAUCUCCAAGGACCUCUACGUGCUGCGCCGCCUCGCGGACGUGAUGCAGCCGCUGAUCCGGCGCUUCACUGCGGACGAGACGGACUACAUCGCUUUGACGGAAACCUUCGCAGAAGGACUCUACACAGAGCUGGAUUUCCGGAACGAGGCCCUGAACGCGAUCCGCAUGGAGGAGCUGCUCCGGGAGAGUUUGGAGCCGGAGGCCCUGGAGAGGAUCGUCAUCCCCGGCCCACUGAUGUCGCUGACCAAGCGGCGGGUGAUGCUCUCGAAGUGGGUCAACGGCGUGAAGCUGAGCACCCUGCCUGCGCAGGAAAUUCGGGAGUUGAUCUCCGUGGGACAGGAAGUCUUUCUGACCCAGCUCCUGGACAUCGGCUUCUUCCACGGAGACCCGCAUCCGGGGAACCUGCUCAAGAUCACGGAAGGUCCGGACGCAGGGAAGCUCUGCCUCCUGGACUUUGGCCUCGUGGCACAGGUGCCCCGUGAGGAUCGCGAGCUGAUCAUCUCAGCGGUGGUUCACCUCGGCACGCAGAACUGGGAGGCCUUGAUCGCGGACUUCCAGCAGCUCAGGUUCCUGGCGCCCGACGUGGACCAGGCCUCCCUGGUGCCCAUCCUCCAGCGCGUGCUUGGCCCCUACCUGAGGGGUGGCGGCGCCCAGGCUUUCAAGAACGCCAACUUCCAGGCCCUCACGCAGGACCUGCUGAAGGUGAACCUCGAAGUGAAGUUCUCCAUCCCGCCUUACGUGUCGCUGCUGGCGCGCUCCGUGGCCACGCUGGAAGGCGUGGCCUUGCAGGGCGACCCGCAAUAUCAGAUCGUGGCCAUGGCCUACCCCUUCGUGGUGCGCCGCCUGUUGCAGAACUCCAACCGCCGGUCCUUCGCGGCGCUGCGCGAGCUGCUUUACGACCCCAAGACGCGGCGCAUGCGGCCGCAGCGCCUGGCCACGCUGCUGCAGGCCUCGCUGGGUGUUGUGGCUGGUGCGUCGGAGGGAUCCAGGAGCGGCUUCAUUGACUUCGAUGCCGUGCCCGAGGAGGGCGCGCCAGCCAAGGACGUGGUGCGCUUCUUGCUCUCCCCAGCGGCGCGCAACCUCCGGCCCCUCCUCAAUGCAGAGCUCGCCUACGGGCUGGACCUCGUGCUCCGCCGCACCAGCCGGCGUGUGCGCACCACGCUGCAGGACCUGCUACAGCCCAGGCUUCCUCUGCUGGGCCGACUGCCAGCGCCGCCGGCGCCGCCGCUGCUGGUGCCCGUGCCGCGCAACAUCGAGGGCACCGGCGCGGAGCUGUUUGACAAGGGCCUGGCAGUGCUGCCUGCCGAGGACAUCCUGGAUGCUGUCCUGCCCCCCCUGGGAACCGUGGAGGAUGUGGACUUCGGCACCUUCCGGGAUGCCUUCCAGGGCUUGGGCAUCGACAUCGGGAACCUCGAAGACCUCGUGCCGGGCGUGCUGCGCGCGGCCGUGCGCGCGGUCCUGGGCAACGGCGAAAGCGCCGAGCUGGCAGAGGCGCUGCGACAGGCCCUGGGUGCGGAGUUCAGGGAGACGCUGGCCAGCGAAGUCUUAGCCUCCAUCACGGAGGAGCUCCUGCGGACAUGGCGCGCACGCCUGGCGGCCAUGGACGCCUUGCAGUGA